GUCAACGCAUCUUGUUCUGAUUGUGCUUACCACCAUUCCUCUCUUGUCUCCGGUACAUGCCGCCGAAUCGUCCGAGCCGCGAAUCACUGAUUACGCCUGGGAGCGCAGAAACAGCGUGCGAUGGAGCAGCGCCUGGUGAAGCAUCGUCACAGUCGUGCCCAACAUCGUCGCGAUGGCCAUCUCAGCCACCGUCGUAGCCCUCUCGAUGGAACAGAAACAGCAGAAUCCCGUUCCUACACCAACCCGAGGCGAGAGGGUCAAAACUCGGGCGUUGCCUUGGCUUCAGAUGAAGGGAACAAUGCUGAUUUGGUGGAAAACUGGCUUUCCAAGGUUAGUCGAAGAGAUCUAGCUCUCACUGAGCCUGUGGGCGGAUAUCAUCCAAUUCAAGGCUACUUGAAUGAUUCGACCUGGAGGCCUCAAGGUCUUCCUUUUGAGAACGCACCGCGACGAAGCCAUAAACGCACCAGGUCUCAGGACAGCUCCAUCAUCAACCCAUCUAAGGUGCCUUCCCUGCUACCUCCAACGACAAGAAGGCACGAGAAAACGAACUCAACCAAACUAAACGACAGCAUUGACCUACCAGGUACCCCUUCUCCAGAAUUUGAGAAGCGACCAAGGCACAAGACGAGGGAAGGUCGAUAUGAUACUCAGGAACGGGUUCGGCAGAGGCGCAAGAAGGGCCGAAAAGAACGACGACCGCCUCCCAAUAACCUACCGAGAAAGAUAAGUUCUUCCGGUCGAGAGGUGAUGGAUAAGUUCCGCUCUGGGGUCAUUCUCAAUGACAGACUCACAUUGCAACCUUGUCGAACGCCUGGGCUUUUCCAAAAUGGGCGUGUAUCGUCACCAAGGCCUGUCGAGGAACUGGCUUUCAAUUCGAUGGCUUCUCUUGAGCAUCCUCCGCCACACCAGUCUUCAUGGCAGCAGAAAAAGCGCUCCCAGUCCAAGCAAAGCCAACGGCGAGAAAGAGAACUGGAAGAGAUGGCGACCUUCAUUGGUCGCAAAGAGACGCCAACGGGACAACAUAAAGAAAGGGGGCAACGGCGAUACCAUGAAAACUCGGAAAACUGGCAAUCAGGUAUAAAACUUCUCGAUGACUACAGCAUACGGCCUGUGCCACAGUUGUCUCCGACAAGAUCUAUUGUGAGUGAAGCCUGUCUAGAGGGAGGUGAGACACGACAACCUCCGCAAAUCAAGUCUGGCAGGUCAACUCAUCCUCUCCGGUCGAGUAGCAGAGCUACAAGCUACAUAACAUGGUCCACAAGCAGCAAUCACCAAAGAACCAUAUCGGAUGACAACAGUGAUCGUUCAUCUAGCAGAACCCCCGAGACUGUUAGAGAAGCCCUUUGGCGGUCCGGUGUAUUCGGCGGAACUGGGCUACGGGGAAAGAAUCCUAAUUUCGAGGCCAGUUUUCACCAGGCUGACGAUUUGUGCAACCACAACAAGACCUUCCAGGGAUGUGAAGAACACGUCACUUUGGAGAAGCCAACAACCAUCGUCCGAUACACCGACAAGGGCGUCAUGACGAACAAUGAACUUCACCAGCCAGCAGUUGGAUCGAAGGCACCCGAGAAUUCAGAGAGCCCAAAACCUUUAGAGGCUAUGGCGAAAGCGGAGCUGCCAACACAACCGGAGAUAAACAAUACACAUUCAAAGAAUGUACAGACAUACUGUUCUGCUGAGGUGGAUUGCGAGACAAAUACUCUCCCGAAAAGAGCUGACGCCGCCACACAAGCAUCCUUUGGAUUACAGUCCACAGAGGACGUCCCCAACCCAGCACCAUCGAAGUUCUUUCAGAGAACACCGGCAGAAACACCCGCUGUUAAUGAGCCCGCAUAUCUAAGCACCGAUAAGAUAGACAUGCAACCAACCACCGCUGUGCGGCCUCGUAUUGAAGCUACAUUAAAUCCUAAACUUGCAAAAGGAGCAGCGGUCCAGCCUCAAAACAGAGAGGUACGAAAUUCGGAGUCUGCGAUGUUUGAUGUGUCUUGGACACCCUCCUCAGCAAGCGAAAGCAGACAUAUCGACCACUUGCUGGCUCAGGAUAGCAUGCUAUUCUAUCGGCCAACUUUUCUCGAAAACAGACCCCCUACGAGGGGCUCAAACAGCCACGAAACGAGCAAUGAAAAAGAUGCGAUUUCAAAGCCAUGGACUUAUCCCCAGACGACCGUACAAGAAAGCCAGCAGAAAGGCCUUCCUCGUGCCCUUACCGUACAAAGUCACGGGUCAGCUCCAAUGCCAAAUGUGUCGCAACUCCAAAGCUCGGAAAGCAUGGCCGACUUCAUCGCUCGCAUAGAACAAGAUGCACUGCGGGACGAAAAAUAUCACAUGGCCUAUCGGCAGAGAGCAGGCGACUUCUCAAUGACAGUGGGCCAACAUGUCGGAGGGAGCGCUCAAGCGAGACGAGAUUCGGGCUUCGAUCAACUCCUUGGAGAACCGGACUGGGUUUAUUAUCAAAGAGAUGAUGAUGCUAAUGCCAACGGCCCAAAAUUAGGAUCAUUUCUGGAGACCGAGCUUUUUGCGCAACCACGGGACUAUCAGCGUCACAGUCCACAAAGGUCCAUUGAUCAGACAGAAGCAUACGAACGGGAAGAGAUGAAUGCAUUCUGGCGACCCAAUUACUUUUGUUACCGAUAGAGUUACUCAGGCUCUUGGCCCUUCCACUUCUCCCGAAGACUUGACACGUCGAUUUCACAUCUUGCCGCUUUGGCAAUGAUGGCAUUCGCCUUUCCUGUUACUGGGGCAUCGAUCAUCAUCCCGUCGAGAGUCCAGGCCCCACGGCCGGCUUUGCUUGCUUUUUCAUCUGCGAUGGCAACACGUACUGCCCAUUCCACUUCCUUUUCACCAGGGGCAAACAGCUUCUGCACAAGAGCCACCUGGUUGGGAUGGAUGCAUUGUU